AUGGUUCUCGAUGAGGAUAAUGAGAAACAGAUGAUCUUAUUAAGAAAAAAACGUGGAGUGGUGAAGGCCUCAUUAACACGACUUCGUAAUUUUGUAAAGGAAUUUGAUCACAAUGAACAGUCAAUCUCUCUCCUCGAGUUUCGUCAAGAAGAAUUACCUAAUAUAAAUAAAAAAUUUGACGCAGUUCAAUGUGAGAUUGAGUUAAUUACGGAAGAACCAGAGAAGGAAGAAGAAGAACGAGCAUUAUUUGAAAGGAACUACUUCGAAACAAGAUCUCAAAUGCAAGAAAUCAUCAACACCCGGAGCUCUUCAAGUACGGUAGGGCCAAAUACAUCGUUUGGAUCGUCAAGUAAUACAAACCGGGUUAGAUUGGCACCUAUACCUUUGCCCACAUUUAACGGUGACAUUGAAAACUGGGAGGCCUUUUAUGAUGUUUUUAGCGCGUUGGUUCACAAUGAUGAAGGGCUUACGUCAGUACAAAAAUUAUAUUAUUUAAGAUCCUGUUUGAGUGGUCCAGCUUUAGAUAUCGUUAGUUCAAUCCCGAUGGUCGACGGAAAUUAUGAGGUGUUUACCGAACGGCUGAAGCAGAGAUAUGACAACAGAAGCCUCGUGAUACAGACGCACAUAAGAGCGCUUCUUGAUGCACCUCGUGUAGAUACCGCUACCAUAGAAGCGUUACAAUUACUACAUUCACACAUUGGAAGUCAUGUAGCUGCGCUUAAGGCCUUAGGCCAACCAAUAGAGCAGUGGGACGCAUGGCUAGUUACCAUUAUUCUAAGGUGUCUUGACAAGAAUACGGCACAUGAGUGGCAGCUUCGACAAGAGGACUCGCAAUUACCCAAGUACAUAGACAUAGAAAGGUUUUUAGCCAGAAGAUGUAUUGCAUUUGAAAAUUCAAACUCGGAAAUACAGUCACGAUCUCAUAGUCAACCAAUGGCAACAGGCCAACACCAAUCAACUAGUAAACAAAGAAAGUCGGAGAAAACUACCAAAAUGGCAUUUUUAGUCACUGGAAGGGGUCAGACCACAAAAUGUCCAUGCUGUACCGGGUUGCAUAGGAUAUAUGCGUGUGACAAGUUUAAGGACUUGAGUAUAAAUGAUCGUCUAAAUAUUAUACAAGACACUCAUUUAUGUUUUAAUUGUUUGUCCGCGUAUCAUACAACGAAAACAUGCAAGUCAAACGGUUCAUGUGGAGAGUGUGGGUUGAAGCAUAAUACUCUACUACAUUUCUCAAAAAGUGUAUCCGAUGACCAGAAGGUUAGCAAUACAAGUGAAGGAGAAUCAUCUGCAACUGGUGCGUUAUCAGCUACCUUAUGGUCAUCAGGGAACCGUUAUGCAUUUUUAGCUACAGCACAAGUGAUCGUCAAAAAUACAAAUGGAAUGCAGUUCAUAUGUCGUGCCGUGUUAGACAGCGGCGCUCAAGUGAAUUUUAUAUCUAAAAGGUUACAAAACGUACUUAAACUAUCAGGAGAAAGGGUUGCAUUGCCAGUGAGUGGAAUCGGUUCAAGCAGAACACAAUCGACUACAAGGGUAGACAUCAAGGUUUGUUCCCGAGUAUCACCAUUCCAAGCUAACAUAUCAUGUUACGUGUUACCAUCAAUUGUCAACACAUUAUCAUCAAGUACAAGACCCUCAGACGGCUGGGGAAUCAAAAAAAAUAUACUCUCACAGUUAGCUGACCCUCAGUUCGACCAAGCAGGUACCAUCGAUAUGUUAAUGGGUGCAGGAAUAUUUUUUGAGUUGUUAGAGUCAGAAAGGAUUCCGCUUCAAACUGGUAAUCUCACAUUACAAUCCACAAAAUUAGGCUGGGUUAUGACCGGAGAGUUUAACGUUAAUUGCUUAGUGAGUAUUGGAGCGUCAUUAGAAGACGAAUGGCGAACAAUGAAAACAGAUCAAGGAUUGUUCGGUAGGUUAUCCAAGGCCAAUAAGCGUCAUGUAGAAGAACAGGAAACGGUACGACAUUUCGAAAAAACUGCCACCAGGAGAGCUGAUGGUCGGUUUGUGCUCCGUCUACCUGUAAAACCAGAAGUUAGCCAACUAGGCGAUAGCAUAUCUAUGGCCAUGUCACGCUUCAUUAGCGUUGAAAGAAGAUUAUCACGAGAUGAACAACUACGUACCGAGUAUGUAAAAUUCAUGACACAAUAUUUAGAAAUGGGUCACAUGGAGGAAGUAAUUGAAAACGAAAUUCCAACAUCAAGGCAAUUUUACUUACCACACCACGCAGUGGUCAAAACGGCCAGUCUAACUACAAAGGUACGAGUAGUUUUCGACGCAUCAGCUAAGAGCUCAUCAGGACUAUCUUUAAACGAUGUCCUAAUGUGUGGCCCGAGUAUCCAAGAAGAAUUGUUUUCGAUCUUAUGUCGGUUUAGAAGUCAUCAGUUCGUUAUCACUGCGGACGUAGAAAAAAUGUUUCGACAGGUAGAGGUUGCAGAAGAAGACCGAAACUUGCAGCGUAUCGUCUGGAGGUCAAACCCUAGUGAAGCGUUACGGACUUAUAGACUGGGAAGAGUUGCAUACGGUACAACUUCUGCUUCAUUCAUGACCACAAAAUGUCUGUCAGUCCUAUCAGAAGAAUUCAACAGUCAGUUUCCCAAUGCAGCUAAGGCAGUACGAACAGAUUUCUACAUGGAUGACCUCCUGUCUGGUGCACAAACUGAGGAAGAGUGUUUACGUCUACAGAGGAAUAUUACUAGGAUAUUGAAUUCAGCAAAAAUGCCAUUACGAAAAUGGUGUUCAAACUCGCAGUCAGUACUCGAACAUAUCGACAACAAAAAUGAUGAUGAGUUAUUAGUGUUAGAUUUGGGUGAAAAUGACGUAAUUAAAUCGUUAGGCCUAUGUUGGAAGCCAGUGGUAGACGUCUUUCAGUUCAACGUAGCGAUUUCUGACAAGAACAGAGAAGCAACUAAGCGUAGUCUCCUGUCCGCUCUAAACAGUAUAUUUGACCCACUAGGAUUCCUUGCUCCAGUGUUGGUAAAAGGAAAAAUUUUUCUGCAGCAACUAUGGCUCGUUAAAGCAGAUUGGGAUAGUUCAUUGUCUGUUGAAAUAAAACAAAAAUGGUACAAUUACUGGUCAGACCUCAGUACGCUUAAAACACUGGAAAUUCCAAGAAAGGCAGUCGCAUGUGCAGGAUUAAGGACCGAGUUUCACGGCUUUUGUGAUGCAUCAGAAAAUGCCUAUGGUGCAUGUAUUUAUGUACGGUGUAAACUGCCAAGCGGAGUAUGGCAAUCACGAUUAUUGUGCGCAUCUACUCGGGUCGCCCCUCUCAAGGGAGCUACAAUCCCUAGAUUAGAAUUGGGAGGAGCCCUAGUACUGGCUCAGUUAGCAAUGAAGGUAGCCAAGUCAUGGAAGGUUGACAUACAUAAAUUUUACUUGUGGACCGAUUCAACUAUAGUGUUGGGAUGGUUGAAUAGCCAAUCUAGUCGCUUGAAAACUUAUGUGUCAAACCGUGUUGCACAGAUUUUAGAUAUUACCAAUACUGAGCAAUGGUACUAUGUGAGGACUUAUGAUAAUCCAGCAGAUGUGUUAUCGAGGGGUGUGAAGGCGCAAGACUUGAAAGGCAUCGAGUUGUGGUGGAGUGGACCAAAAUGGCUAUCUCAUGAGCAAAAUGGUUGGCGAUUCGAACGAGUAUCACUGCCAACUGGAGAAGAAUUACCUGAGCAGAAAACCGUACGUUUCGUUCUUUUAACAGUGCCGUUACCAAUGCGACUUGUUGAUUCAUGCUCAAACUGGCAACGCCUACGUCGAGCAACUGCGUGGAUUCUGCGGUUCAUUGAAUUCAUAAAAACUAAACGCACCCCACAACUAGUACGCUAUCUGACAGUUAAAGAGUUAAUGGUUGCUGAACAGAGACUGAUAACUUAUGCUCAAAGGGAGGCCUUUCCGGAGGAGCAUGAAGCAUUAGCAAAAAAUAAGGACAUUCCUGGUCGAAGCAAGUUAAGGUCAUUGAACAUCGGUCUAAGGUAUGGCAUGAUAGUAGUGGGUGGUCGUCUUGACAAUGCCAAUCUUUCACAAGACCAAAGACAACCAAUAAUUCUUCCAUACAAUCACAGAAUUACACAGUUGAUAUUCUUAGAUUAUCACAUGAAAUUAUUGCAUUGUGGUCCUCAGUUAUUAUUAGCGGAAAUCAGGCAGAGGUAUUGGCCGCUGUCUGGUAGACUAUUAGCGCGCUCAACAGUUCGAAGGUGCGUGAAGUGUGUACGGAGCAAACCGACCUUUCAAAUUCCAAUAAUGGCGCCAUUACCAAAGGAAAGAGUACAAUGUUCACGUCCCUUCACGUACACGGGCGUGGAUUUUGCAGGACCGUUAAUCAUCCGAAGCGGAAUCAGGGGUCGAUCAGGAACAAAGGCGUGGGUAUCAAUAUUCGUGUGUUUUUCUACAAGAGCGGUUCAUAUAGAAGCAGUCGAGGACUUAACGAGCAAGGCUUUUAUAGCGGCCUUAAGACGAUUUGUUGCUAGACGAGGCAAACCCGCAGAACUGUGGAGCGAUAACGGAACAAACUUCGUUGGAGCGAACAAGGAGUUGACCAAAUAUACUCAACAUCUUGGCAGUCAGCUAGCAAAUGAAGGGAUCACCUGGCGCUUCAAUCCCCCAUCAGCCCCUCAUUUUGGAGGGCUGUGGGAAGCAGCAGUUAAGAGCGCUAAACACCACUUGGCUAGGACUACUGGAGAGGCAAAGCUAACUCUAAGUGAGCUCAGUACACUGCUAUGUCAAAUUGAAGCCUGCCUCAAUUCCCGACCAUUGACACCUAUGAGCAGCGAUCCUAACGACUUCACCUCACUUACCCCAGCGCACUUCUUACUCGGUGCACCUGUAACGUCGUUCCCAGAACCUGAUUUAAAUGGCGAAGAACCACAUGCAAUGCGACGUUGGAAAUUUGUACAACAUCUUCUUCAAACUUUCUGGAAGCGAUGGCACAUGGAGUACCUACCCCAACUACAGGUCCGUGGAAAGUGGACAUCAGGAAGCUCCAACCUAGCCAUAGACGAUUUAGUAAUUGUCAAAGAAGACAACCUACCGCCCUUUAAGUGGCACUUAGCACGCGUUAUAGAACUACAUCUAGGUUGUGACGGUAACGUAAGGGUUGUGUCCGUACGUAACUCUUCCGGUAAAACAACGCGCCGUCCAGUCGCAAAACUUUGCAAGCUCCCAAUCGAUGCAGAGGAGGCUGUUGAAAAAUAG